GGCCGAAUCGGACCUCGUUGCCACAGUGCGGACAUCGUGGACUCACAGUAGAGUCCGCCAAAACGUAGACCGUUCGCCCACAGUGUCGAAACCGAACCAAGUCACCGAGCUCCAUGACCACAGGCCGGUCGCACCGGAAACAGCGGGCAGUCCACCGUUGUGGGCGGUCACCACACGUGACUUGAAAAAAAAAGAAGGAAUAGUGUCUCGACGUGUCGUUGGAUAGAUGACGUCAUUUCCAACCGAGUUCAAAAACUGAUGCCUACACCCAAAUUUCAGAUCGGUGGUGAAAAUAUAGCGAUGUAAAAAUGACGUCAUCAGCCUACUUCCGGUGAGAGUGUCAUGGCGUCGUGGUCUGAGUGACAGAGAGUCCUCGCAGAACCAGAAGUUUCCUGCUCACGCGGACGGCGGAACAGUUCCAUUUUAAUAAGAAAUAUCUGGUGAACGAAAACAGCCGCGAGAUGAGCACCAGGCACGUGACCUGCAGGUACUUCAUACACGGAGUGUGUAGAGAGGGGAGCAACUGUAUGUUCUCUCACGACCUGGCAAACAGCCGCCCCUCCGCCAUCUGCAAGUUCUACCAGAAAGGACUGUGUAGCUACGGUGAGCGCUGCAGGUACGAUCACGUGAAGUUACCAGUGAGAGGAGCAAGAGGCACAGAUUCAAAUGAGCAGCCAGUCAGAGGCUGGGGCAGUGGAUCAGCACCACCGAGAAAACAAGCAGUGAAAAGGGACUCAGGUGGACAUGCUGGAGCCGUGUCCUGGAGUGAAGGGACUCCGCCCAACCCUCAGUCGUACUUGGCGGCAAUCAAGACAGGUCUGGAUCCGGAGCAGGACACUGGGUGGAGUCUUGGGGCACUGGGUGCACAAUGCGGGGCCACCCCGGCCCUGUGUCCUUAUGCCGCUGCCGGACAGUGUUUCCAUGGAGACAGCUGUCCUUACCUUCAUGGUGACCCAUGUGAUGUGUGUGGACGAAUGGUGCUGCAUCCGCUGGACCCGGCCCAGAGGAAGGAACACAGGAAGAAGUGCCUUCAGGACUUUGAGGCAGACAUGGAAAAGGCAUUUGCUGCUCAGCUGAGUGAGGACAAGGUGUGUUCCAUUUGCAUGGAGGUGGUGGUCCAGAAGAUAAGACCCUCCGAGCGAAGGUUUGGGAUCUUGUCCUCCUGCUGUCACACCUUCUGUCUGUCCUGUAUCCGUCAGUGGCGCUGCACCCGGACCUUCCAAAACCAGAUAGUGAAAUCAUGUCCAGAGUGCCGGAUCAUCUCAGAGUUUGUCAUCCCAUCAGUAUACUGGGUCGAGGACCAGAACGAAAAGAACCAGCUCAUAGAACUCUUCAAGUCAGAAGUCGGUAAAAAGGCCUGCCGGUUCUUUGAUCAGGGUCGGGGUGCGUGUCCUUUUGGAGCCAAAUGUCUGUACCGGCAUGCAUUUCCAGAUGGGUCCCUGGCAGAACCGGACAAACCCAGGAAGCAGCUGAGCUCAGAGGGGAGUGUACGGUUCAUGAACCGGGUCAGCCUGUGGGACUUCAUCCAGGAGCGGGACCAGCACCCUUCUCCACACCUGCCGCACCAAGAGAGUGACAUCACAGAACUGCAGGAGCUCUUCAUGCAGAUGUCCGGGCCAAGCCAAGUGGACUCAAGCGUGGAGCACCCUGACCGGACUGAGGGGGCGGAGAGGUCCAGUUCCCACCUGGAGGGUUCUGGCUGAUCAGUGGUGUAUUAAAUUUGGAUUUUGGACUGCUCUGCGUCUGAACUUAUUUCACUUCCAUGAAAAAUCUAUGGAUCUUCCACCGACCGUGGUCCACGACAAUGAGGCAAAGGAACAUGAUGUGGUCUGCUCAGUCCUCCUCCAGGCCUGUUUUCAUCCUGGCCCAAGGCUCAGUGGCAGAGGAUUUCUCAUAGAACUGAACACCUGAGGUGGGCAGGCCACAUACCCAAGCUUGUGAACAGAAUACCUGCACACUGUAGACUAAUGGACCCAGUUAAGUCUCCACUGGUGACCAGAGGUGUGCUGAGCUUGACAGUCAUGACCUGUGGAGAAACUGGGGAAUGGUAUUGGAGCACUGGAAACCAGAGAGUCUGACUCCCCCUCCUGCUCUAGACUCACCUCCUUAGACACAAUGCCGAUGACCUGGAACAGCAGCAGCAGGAGGUGGACAUGGGGGGAAACCAGUCAGGAGCUCACACUUUUAUUUCUCUUCUCUUUGGACCUGCUUGUGUCCACUCUCUCAAAUGACUGAGGAUCACAGUCACUUAAAUGAGUCCUCCUGGUCAUGGACAUACACGAGUCUGAUGCAGUUCUCCAUGUCUGGUCAUAUAUCCAAACUGACAUUGUUGUUCACAUCCAUGAUGAGUUUAGUUGAGUCAUUCAAACCCUUCUUUAGGAAUCAACGUCCUUCCUGUGC